AGCUCAUACAAAUCCUUUCAAUGGCAAGAACCAUUGAAAUUGAAAGUAAUUUCUUGUAGAAUCUCGAAUCUUCAGGCUUGCUUAGAUGGCCCGUCGAUUCGAGAGUGCCGACGUGCGGAAGGAGCAGGAGGUUCCUCUCCGAGCUUCCUUGGACGGGCCAUAUCGGUCCUCGACGGAUGAGGAGCAUGAUUGGAGUCAAGAUGCAGAUUAUGAGAACAGCCAUUAUGCAAAGUCGGUCGUGUCAGAAGCAGGACGCAGAAGCAAACCUGCAUCAGCGUUCCGAGAUCGUGGUGAUGGACGCCGCGGAUUCUUUGGCCAAAAACAUCGGCCCAGACGAACCUGUACAAUCAUCACUGUACUUUUUGUCGCAGCUAUAAUCUUGCUGCUCACAGGUAGCGGUGCUUGGGUCUACAAAAGUGCACCAAAGGACGGAGAGAGUCCAUCAUGGUAUCCCUCUCCUCUAGGAGGCACGGUUAGCUCCUGGCAAGAGAGCUACACAAAGGCUGAAGCAUUAGUCAAAUCAAUGUCUUUAGUGGAAAAGGUUAACAUUACGACUGGCGUUGGUUGGAUGGGAGAGCUCUGCGUGGGCAAUACCGGCCGUGCGAGUGAAGCUGGCUUCCCAGCUCUCUGUUUACAGGACGGACCUCUGGGCAUACGGUUUGCAGACCAUUCCACUGCAUUCCCUGCCGGCAUCACCACGGGCGCCACAUGGAAUCGAGAUUUAAUGUAUCAGCGUGGCCGGGCCCAGGGACUUGAAGCUCGUCUCAAGGGUGUCAAUGUCUUGCUUGGCCCCAAUAUGGGUCCACUUGGCCGAAUGCCUGCCGGUGGAAGGAACUGGGAGGGGUUUGGUCCAGAUCCAGUCCUGCAAGCUGUAGCGGCUGCAGCUGUAAUUCGCGGCAUUCAGGACGAAGGAGUCAUGGCUACUGCCAAACACUACAUUCUGAACGAGCAAGAGCAUUUCCGACAAUCGUUCGAAUGGGGCCUUCCCAAUGCCAUGUCCUCCAACAUUGAUGAUCGCACCCUGCAUGAACUCUACGUUUGGCCGUUUGCAGAGAGUGUCCGCGCCGGCGUAGCUAGCGUCAUGUGCAGUUACCAGAUGGUCAAUAACUCUUAUGCCUGUGGCAAUAGCAAGAUUCUCAACGGUAUUCUCAAAGAUGAGCUUGGGUUUCAGGGAUUUGUUCAGUCAGACUGGCUCGCUCAGCGCAGUGGUGUUGCCAGUGCUCUGGCCGGACUCGACAUGACCAUGCCAGGCGACGGCUUGCGGUGGCAGGAUGGUGAUUCACUGUGGGGAUCCCGUCUCACCGUGGCUGUCCUCAACGGCUCUGUGCCCAUGAGCCGGAUUAACGACAUGGUAACUCGAAUUGUUGCCGCAUGGUACCAGCUCGGCCAAGACGACAAGGAGAAAUGGCCCGCGCCGGAAGAUGGAGGAGGUCCCAAUUUCUCCUCGUGGACUGAUGACGAAACUGGACUUUUGCAUCCUGGCACAGAUGACAAUGCCACGGGUGUUGUGAAUAAAUUUCUCAAUGUGCAAGGCAAAGGCAAGGACUCGCACGGCAAUCUCGCCCGCAAGAUUGCAGCAGAAGGAACGGUUCUCGUCAAGAAUGAAGGCAAUAUUCUGCCCUUGAGCCGCCAAGGCAAAAGCGCGUCAAGCGUUGAGAAGAGAAUGUCUACGCCGAGACCAAGCUCAAAGUAUAACGUGGCCAUCUUUGGAGAAGACGCCGGUGAGGGACGAGGACGAAACGCCUGUCCAGAUCGUGGCUGCAAUGAAGGCACUCUAGCCUCUGGUUGGGGCAGCGGUGCUGCCGAGUUCCCUUACUUGGUCACUCCUAUUGAGGCUCUUCGCUCUGCAUUUGAUCCGGAGCAUGUCGAAUUGUCCGAAUAUCUCACAAACGAACCAGCACUAGACGGAGAUGCUGCUAAAACCCUCGACCAGCAAGACCUUUGCCUUGUAUUUAUCAACUCGGACAGUGGCGAAGGCUACAUUUCAUGGGGCGGUAUUCGCGGCGACCGUAAUGACCUCUUCCCUCAAAAGGGCGGAGACAAGCUCGUCCAAUCCGUUGCCAAGAGCUGCGGCGGUGGCAAAGGCGACACCAUUGUCAUCGUGCACGCCGUCGGACCCGUUGUAGUCGAGCGCUGGAUCGACAUACCCAGCGUCAAGGGCGUUCUUCUCGCCAAUCUCCCCGGCGAAGAGAGCGGCAACGCCCUCGUCGACAUUUUAUUUGGCGACGACGACGCAAGUGGUCGUCUGCCCUACACUGUCGGCAAAUCCCUCGAAGACUACGGCCCCGGCGGCCAAAUCCUCUACUACCCCAACGGCGUCGUGCCCCAGCAGAACUUUACUGAGGGUCUCUUUGUCGAUUAUCGCCAUUUCGACAAGUACAACAUCAACCCCCGCUACGAAUUCGGCUUUGGUCUCUCCUACACCAACUUUACCCUCUCCAAUCUCGUCGUCACCCCGCUCAAGCCCAAAUCUGCCCUCCCUUCACCCCGUCCUACCGGGCUCACGCCCCCUUCCUACGACGAGACUAUCCCCGCGCCCUCUUCCGCCUUGUUCCCCCCGGGUUUCCGCCGUCUCAAGAAAUACGUCUAUCCGUACAUUGAAAGCACCAAGCAAGUCAAACACAGCCCGAUAUACCCUUAUCCCCCGGGCUACCACACCCCCGCUCCCCUCUCCCCCGCCGGCGGCGGCCAAGGAGGCAAUCCCAGUCUCUACGACACCUAUGCCGAAGUCCAAGUCACCCUGACAAACACCGGCGCUCGAACCGGCAAGCAGGUCGUCCAGUUGUAUCUCUCCUACCCGCAGGGCGUCACCGACAGCGCCGGAUCCCCGGUCGAUUUCCCCGUGAAAGUCCUUCGUGGGUUCGAGAAGCUGGAGCUGGAUCCCGGUGAGAGUAGUGAGGUGAAGCUGAAUCUCACGAGAAAGGACCUCUCGUAUUGGUGCACCAUCCAGCAGAAUUGGGUCAUGCCUGUCACCGGAACGUUUGUCGUGCGUGUUGGGACGAGUUCGAGGGAUUUGCCCCUGGUUGCUGAAUUUUAGGCCGUCUUUAUCUCUUUAAUUCUUUUAUUUUAUUUCAUCUCAGGUCAUUUAUUU